GUCGAACUAAUUCACUAAUAUGAUGUGUGUGUGUGUUGGUGUUACGAUAAGCUUCUGUGAUCAAAUACUAGCCGGCAAAAAAUUUUGGGAUGCUUGGUUCAGGCGGAUGAAAAAAUGGGGGAGAAAGUUGACAGGUAGAAGGCAACAUAAUCCAGUAGAAGAAAGACAUGGAAAUGAAGAAGGCCACUACCAACCACAGCAACAGAGUUACUACAGUAGCCGACGAAGAAGAAGAAGUAGCAGGGUAAAAAGAAUACGGUGGGACAGUAAAAUUGCUGAACAGGAAAACGAAGAAGAAAGUGAGUCCACAAAUAACUUACCCGACUACAACGAAAACAAAAGUCAGCAAAGUUUAUUGUAGAUUUAUGCUUCAUUUCACAUUUUAGACGACGCAACUAACCCCUUGUUUGAAGAUGAAGAGCGAAUUGCACAACAUACUAUUUGAAUAUGGAAAAAAAGCGAAUAAUCGGGAUAAAACAACUCAGAAUGGCAUCAUGAUUAUUUUUAUUAUAUUGAAUUUGUUUUUAUCAGAAUAUAUGUAUAUAC